AUAUGCUUCUUUCAUUUAGAAAUGCCUUACCAAAACAUUCACGGUCUUACAAUGUCUGCAUGAGUCACUUUGGCAAACAUAAAUUUUUCUGUACCAUUCCCAAUCAAGCUGAAGAGUCUCAAGAAGCCUUUUUGACAAAAAUUAAGGAGAACACUGAGCUGAGUGCCGAUCAGCAACAGGAAAUCAUUGAUAUGUAUGACAAAAUUGAUAUCCACGAAUUGCAAACCCACAACCCUAAGCUUUACGAGUACUUGCACUUCGACCCGACCAAAAUUCAGGAUUUCAGGCAAGUUAUUUACGAAGGACAGGGAGACAGAGACCAGUUUGCCAUCGAGGCCAGUCAGAGCAGAAGCGAGCUAGGCGAUGCAGCUGAGGCUGCUACAGCUGCAAGCACUGCUGCUCCUGGCCAAGCUAAAGUCUUUACACUUCCUCUGUUCUGGAAAUGGCUGACUCCUGUGUUUGGAGUGACAUCUGUGUGGCUUCUCAACAUUCAAGCAGCCACUCACAUUCCAUGGUUACCAUUCUUGGUGAUCUGUGGUGUAAGCGUGAGGCUCCUGCUGGCUCCAAUGAUGAUCAGACAAAUGACUCUGAUCAACAAAAUGGGAGUUGCCUCACCAGACAUGAGAAUUGUAGGCAAGAUCUUCAAGCAUGUUGACAAAAAUUUGUUACAAAAGUUUGCAUGGGCCUUCAAAGCUGUAUAUGAGCUAGCCAAAACUACCGGAACAAGUCUGACCAAAUUCUAUUUCUACAAUCUAAUCCAGUUGCCUGUAUUCGUGAUCAUGAUAUUUUCAAUCAGAAAGAUAUGUUUUGAGCAUGAAGAGUUAGCUGGAAAAGGAAUAUUGUGGUUCAAAGACUUGAACGAGCCAGACCCAUAUCUCAUUCUACCUCUCAUUGCAACUGUGCUUAACUAUGUCAAUCUCGGAAGAGGAAUCACUAAAGAGAAUGAACACUGGUUCAUCAACAGGUUCCGAAGCUUCUUUCAGGUUCUUCAGUUUAUGCAUUUGCCGUUUACUCACAAGUGGCCCUCAGGCUCAUUCGUGUACUGGAUUACUUCAUCAUUAAUGGUAUUCUUGCAAGUGUCGAUAACGAGGCAUCCCAAAAUAAUGAAUAUGAUCAAUCCUUCAUUCUUCUACAACUAUACUAAAAUGUAUGGAGAAAGGUCUACCAAGUCUCACGAAAACUACGUUGAAAGGCUUCUGCACAGCGAAGACACCAAACUCAAGAGCUACACCAAAGACAACUUUGUUCUCGAAGACCUUGAGUACGAGAUGAAACAAUUCUUGCAGUUCCAAAGAACGAGGAAGCUGAAGAUUAAGAAAGAAGAAAUUCUGAACAGAGAUGGGACUGAAGCCAGCUAAACAUAUCUGAAGUAACAAGCAUAAUAUGUUGAUAA